AAAAAAAUCAGCAAUUAGUGGAAAAUUUUAAUGAACUAUUCGCACGUUUACAAAAAAGAGAGACUGAGCUUGACUUUUUAAAGGAAACUAUAGAAGUUUGUACAAAAAGUUUGCAAGCAGAAAAAGAGCGACGACGUUGGAUACAACAAGAACUUUCGUUGUUAAGAGGAUGUAUUAGAGUGCACUGCCGUAUAAGAAAAGUUUUAUCUAUUGACUUUCCUGAAAAAACUGAAGUUGUUAGUAAAGUCGAUGAAGAAACUGUUGAAGUUUAUAAUCAGCGAGGCGAAAUAUACAAGAAAAACUAUGAAUUUGAUAAGGUUUAUUCCGCUUCUGAUUCGCAGGAGGUCAUUCACGCCGACAUUGCUCCGUACGUGACCAAUGCAAUUAGCGGCUACAACGUAUGCAUAUUGGCCUAUGGGCAAACAGGAUCUGGGAAAACUUAUACGAUGAUGGGCGUUCCACCAAAACUGAAUGGAAUCAUUCCUUUUGUUUCAAGCGAACUCUUUGAUAUCAUUGACACUAAAAAAUACUGCAACACAACUCUGCAUUGUUCGGUGCUGGAAAUUUACUGCGAAGAGUUACACGAUUUACUUAAAGAUAAAAGCGCCAAUGAGCCACGCUUGGAAAUUCGGGAAGAUUCCAGUGGUGCUAUCCACAUUCCAACUCUUACACAUAAAAAAGUUUGUAGCCACGUGGAACUUCUUGCGCUUAUUUCUAGUGCAGCUCAAAAAAGAAUAAAAUAUAAAACAAAUGUACACGCGGAUUCGAGCCGUUCUCAUUUUAUAGUCACUUUAAAUAUCUGCACCGUUUAUGACACUGGCAUUGAAGUAACUUCAAAACUUCAGUUGGUGGAUUUAGCGGGGAGUGAAUGUGUGGCGUUAUCUAAAGUUCAAGGAAAAAACCUGGAAGAGGCGAAGUUCAUAAACAAAUCGCUGUCUUCUUUGCUGGAUGUUUUGCAAACUCUCCGUAAAAAGGAAAAACAUGUGCCCUACAGAAACUCUAAGCUGACCCGUUAUCUAUCGGAUUCGCUUGGCGGAAAUUCAAAGUUUAUACUAAUCGUAUGUGUCUCGCCAACAAUUAAGUACAUAACCGAAACCAAACAAUCUCUUAAAUUUGGGGAAGAUGCGCGGGCCGUGGAAAGGGGAAAGAUUACUUCUAAUAAAAUGAAUACUAAGACAUAA